CUUCCUCUAGUGACAAUGCGGAAGUGUUGCAGCUCCAAGUCAGAAAAUGGAAAAAUGGCCAUCACAGCUGUCGCUCUUCAGGACCACAUAUCAAGAUCCUUGCUCCAUAGCCUGUCGCUGAGUGACCCAGUGAGAGACAGACUGAGAGUGAAAGGCCCAGGCCGGAGACCCUGUCAGAGAAACGGGCACGAGAAUGGCAAGCCACAGCAGCAUCCGUCUGCACAGAGGUCACUGGAGGGGAGGGAGUACGUGUUGGACGCAGCACCGCCACCGCUUACGCUGGCCCAGAAGCUGGGCCUGGUGGAGGCUCCUCGGAGGAGGCUGUCCGAGGCGGAGUGGGAGCAGGUGAAGUCCCGCUCCGUCCAGGAAGGCGACUCCACACAGCCCUGUGUCAUCUGCAGGGAAGAGUUCUGCCUGCAACCACAGGUGCUGCUGUCAUGCAGUCAUGUAUUUCACAGGGCCUGUCUCAGGGCGUUGGAGCGCUACUCAGGCAAGAAGAGCUGCCCCAUGUGCAGGAGGCAGCAGUACGAGACCCGGGUGAUCCACGAGGGCGCGCGCAUCUACAGGGAGAAGAGUGUCAUCAGAAUUCAGGCAUGGUGGAGGGGCUGUGUCGCUCGGAGAUGGUACCGGAACGUCCGCCGAUCUGUCCCACCAAAAGACAAGCAGCUGAGACAGAGGUUCUUCGAGACCAAGCUCCAGGAGAUGAGUGACAGCCUGGUGCAGGCCUGCCGCACGGACACAGAGGCCUUCCUGACCGACAUCGACCACUCGCUGGCCCAGAGCCGCCUAGUCUUCAGGAAGCUGGACACAGAGUGCGCUCCCGACGCCCAGGCCCUGGACUGGGAGCAGGUCAAGGAGCAGGCUGUCCAGAGGGAGAUGCAGGACUGCCCCAUCUGCCUGACGCUGCUGCGGCCCCCCUGCGCUGGGCCCGGGCGGGGCAGGGUGACCCGGCGUGUGCUGCUCCUGUCCUGCUCACACCUCUUCCACCAGCCCUGCCUGGAGGCCUUCGAGCUCUUCUGCCCCGAGACGCGCCCCACAUGCCCCCUCUGCAGGGCCGCCUACAGCAAGCGGGUGCUGUGAGGUGCCACCCUCGCCAGCCUGGUCGCCUAACCCGCCGUUACUGCCGAAUAUCUUUUGCUGUCAAUUUCAUUUAGGUUGGUUGCAUAUUGACCAGCAGUUUGCUGCAUUGCAGUCCCGUGCUGACUUUGAUAAAGAGAAAUAUGUUCUUUGUACGCUGUGUCAGUUUGCUGAAAUGUGACAUGACUUAGAGAGGUAUGUUACAGGAAAUAAUUUCCAGUCCAUUUUAAGUGUGCGCACACA